AUGACCAUCAUCUAUUUAGAGUUUUCUCAAAGCCCAGUCUCCGAGGAUUCGAUCGCUCUCGUCACUGAAGCCCUUCAGAAGAUAAAUACCGACCUCAUCGAGACAGAGCGAACCGAAGAUAGUAUCACCUUCACUUCACCCGAUCAUCUUGUCGACAUAUACGGUGACAUCUUUCAAUCAUGGUUGAAUUCAGAUCCCCCGGUCAUAGACACCUGGCGUAUGAUGGCACACUAUUGA